AAACCGCCACAUUCACCAUUCUUCUUAUCACUCUCAACACACACUCAAAACACACAGUGUUAGGGUUUCAAUCUUCAAACCAAUGGACGGCACCGGAGUAGUGGCGGUUUACGGCAACGGCGCGUUAACAGAGAGCAAGAAAUCAACGUACUCCGUCAAGGUCGGCCUCGCUCAGAUGCUCCGAGGCGGCGUAAUUAUGGACGUCGUGAACGCCGAACAGGCACGUGUGGCGGAAGAAGCGGGCGCGUGUGCUGUCAUGGCGCUGGAGCGAGUUCCGGCGGACAUCCGCGCGCAAGGCGGCGUUGCACGGAUGAGCGAUCCGCAACUGAUUAAGGAGAUUAAGCAGGCGGUUACGAUUCCGGUGAUGGCGAAGGCGAGGAUAGGGCAUUUCGUUGAGGCGCAGAUUCUGGAAGCGAUUGGUGUGGAUUAUGUUGAUGAGAGUGAGGUUUUGACGUUGGCGGAUGAUGAGAAUCAUAUUAAUAAGCAUAAUUUUAGGAUUCCGUUUGUGUGUGGGUGUAGGAAUUUGGGAGAGGCGUUGAGGAGGAUUCGUGAAGGUGCUGCGAUGAUUCGGACGAAAGGAGAAGCAGGAACUGGGAACAUUAUCGAGGCUGUAAGGCAUGUUAGAUCCGUGAUGGGUGACAUCAGGGUCCUUGCAAACAUGGAUGACGACGAGGUGUUCACUUUUGCCAAGAAAAUUGCCGCACCAUAUGAUUUGGUGAUGCAGACCAAACAACUGGGGCGGCUUCCGGUGGUGCAGUUUGCAGCAGGUGGUGUCGCUACACCAGCUGAUGCAGCCCUGAUGAUGCAACUGGGAUGUGAUGGUGUUUUUGUGGGGUCAGGUGUGUUCAAGAGUGGUGAUCCAGCUCGUAGGGCCCGUGCUAUUGUUCAGGCGGUCACCCAUUACACAGACCCUAAGGUCCUUGCAGAGGUGAGCUGCGGGUUGGGUGAAGCCAUGGUUGGGUUGAACCUUGAUAAGAAUGUUGAAAGGUAUGCUAACCGGUCCGAGUAAGGCUCACCGCAUCCUCUGGUCUAUGUAAGGUUUAAAAACGAUAGCUUUGCACUAUUUGUUGUUCAAGAAUUUAGGGUUGUUUGAAAAUAAAACUUUCUUUGGCUAUAUUUAAUAAAUGUUCUGGAUUGAAUUUAGAA